UCCUGCCCUUCCCCCCUCCUCUCCUCCAAUCCUCCACUCCUCCUCUCCUCCAAUCCUCCCUGUGUCCCACUAAAGCGAUUUCAGCGCAUGCAGCCAGGGACUCGUCCCUGCAGCUACGGAUGGCAACAUGGCGACAGAGUUCCACAAUCUGCAGGAGUUGAGACACAGUGCGUCUCUGGCAAAUAAAGUCUUCGUCCAGAGAGACUACAGUGAAGGGACCACCUGCAGGUUUCAGACCAAGUUCCCCUCUGAGCUGGAGAGUAGGAUUGAGCGGACAUUGUUUGAGGACACCGUGAAAACACUAAAUAACUACUACACAGAGGCAGAGAAGAUCGGAGGUCAGUCCUACCUGGAGGGAUGUCUGGCCUGUGCCUCAGCAUAUCUCAUCUUCCUCUGCAUGGAGACACGCUAUGAAAAGGUGCUGAAGAAGAUAGGGAAGUACAUCCAGGAGCAGAAUGAGAAGAUCUAUGCUCCCAGAGGGCUGCUCAUCACAGAUCCAAUAGAGAGGGGAAUGCGUGUUAUAGAGAUCUCCAUCUAUGAAGACCGGGGCUCCAGUGGCUCCAGCUCAGGAAGCAGCUCUGUUUCUGGCAGCACUGCUCGAUGACCGGGUCCGUCCCAACAACCAUGUCCGCCUGAUCACUCACAACCCUGGAGGAGAACUGAGGACAAUAAUUCAACUCUUGUUCCAACACUUGGCCCACACAUCCAAAAGCUACCCUCACAUAAAGGACUCACUAACUCUCAACAAAACUCGGCACAAUGCUCCUUAUGUGCCAACUCUUGCUAAAAUUGUUCAAGCUUUUUCCACAGUGACCGCUGAAACUACGCACCUUAGUAGUCUCCUGCAAAGCAAUGUGAAUACCCAAACACGGUUUUGUUAAUCUAGGAUGUCUCCGUGAAAAGAGAACAUCUUUUUUUUUUUAGUGACACUUUUUGUGAUUGUAUCUUCACCCCCUCUACCAAGUUACCACAGCUGUGUGUUGUGAGAAAAGGAUGCAAGGAUGUGAGAGAGGAAGGAAGUGUUGAGGCAGGAGAAUGGACCACACACCUCACCGAAACCUCAUACCUCAGCCAUUGUGCAGUACUCAGCCUGGCGCCAACCGAACCCGACCAAUCAGGAAGCUGGAACUCAUCAUCACCCGCUCUGCACACCAAGCACCGGCUUCACUUUUUUAAUCUGUAUCUUCUUCCAAGUGUCUAGCUUUUAGCAGGUGUAAGUAGACUGAAUAAGUAUUAAAGUAGCGCACUAGAAAAUUUCACCCCCCUGAACCUUCACCAUCUGUAUAAAUGUCCAUCUCCUCCUCCCUCUGCUGAUGUAUCAUCCCAUCUGGUAGCAGAUGAAUGUUUUCCAACCUGUCAGUGUAUUCUGUAGCAGAUCUUCCAUUUUGACACUUAAAGCCUAUAUUUAAUUCUUUUAGACAUUCAAGCACAUGACACGUGCACUAAUCUAAUCCUCCUGGUUUUGAUAUACGAAGCCAACUCUUCCUAAAUUGUGAUUAUGCAAAGCUAUACUGUGCUUUAAGAGCAGCAGACGAAGGAUGGGUCAAAAAGUCUUCCUGCAUCUUACCUUAAAGAUAACCCAUCCUUGUGUUCCCAACAAACUUCCAAAGAUCAACAACUGCCAAAAACUGGCUCCGAAAUGUGAAUGUCUCUUAUUUUGGUGACAUUUUGUGCAGGAAUAAACUUUCGUACUGCUUAUUGUUUGAUACAUGUGGCUAUGAGGUAAACGACUGGUGUCUAAAUAAAAACUCUUCCAUCAAAGCUGUAGAGAUCAAACCUUUUCUUAAUAAACCGACUACUUGA